AUGGCCCCGAAGAUGAACAUCCUCGAGUACCGCACGGCAAAGCUGGAAGCAAGGAUGAACACAGUAGGCUUUGAAUCUGGCGGCAUGCCAAAGCGCAUGCAGGGCACAAAGCCCAACAACAUGGAUGAUUACAGAAGCAGAUUUGAGACUAUGGGUCUUUCGUCCGGGGGAUCUGCAGCAAUGGCAAAGUCCCUGCAAGGCAAUGCCCAGGCGGCUGCCCAAAAGGCGCAAGCGCUGGGUGAGGCGAUGGGCGCAGGCGGCGCGCGCGUGCCCAUCGUGCAAGACGCAGGCCGCACGAUAGAAAGGAUGCUUGAGAAGUUUGUGAAUAGCCAGCUGGACAAGUAUGCUGUUGCUGCAGCAGAGAGACAGAACAAGGAAUUCAAGAAGGAGGAGAAGAAGGGAAAGAAGAAGGACAAGAAGAAGAAAGAUAAGAAGAAGAAGGAGAAGAAGAAAAAGAAGGACAAGAAGAAGGAGAAGAAAAAGAAGAAGAAGUCUUCGUCAUCCUCUUCUUCCUCGGGUUCCUCCUCCAGCAGUUCCUCAAACUCUAAGGAGAAGGAGGAUGAGCAAG